AUGACAUUUGUCUUUGGUAGCGUCGUUUACGAAUAUGCUGUCAAUGGACAAUUGAUUAUGAUGGACAAGGAAGAUAAUUUCAUACUUUGGUCGAGUCUCUGGAAGGUAAAUGUUUCAAGAAUUCUUCAGUUGCGUCCCGAUCUUUCAAGAGAAGUAAGAAUAAUCAAGGUGGGAGAUAAUGAAAUACAUGGCACUUGGAUGCCAUUUCACGUACGCUCAACAAUUGCGUGGCCUAUCAAAGAACAACUGACACCAUUUUUCGGGUAA